GAGAGAGACCUAGUGGACACAGCUUGGCAUAUAAACUGGGGGAUCCCCAAAAAGCACAGACAGAGUGUGAACAGAGGUCAGUCAAAGCAGAAUUGUGUUUCAUAAAUUUGAAAUAGUAGGUCAACACUUGUUUGACUUAUAUUAUAUCUUUGAAUAUUCUCUUGUUUUGAGUAGGAUGUUACAGGAAUGGAGCUAUACCUAUUGUUAUUCAGUCAGUAAAACAGCCUAGUCAGCGUAGCCUAUGAUACAUGUAGGCUAUUCAGUUUGUAACAAAAGGAGAUCUAAUCAGUGUAUCGAUAUUAUAUAGUGUAAAUACAUUGGAUAUUUGUAUAUAUAGUAUAACUAGUAAGCAAUGCAGAGUACCAUAUUGAAUAGAGUAUUAGACCCGGAAUCAUAGAUCAUGACGCACUUGGACGUAUACACUUUAUAUGGGUACAAAAACACUAGCCAUACCACAGGGCAGAGCACGUUUACCAUCAGGUAGCAUAGACUAUCGUCUGUGACGUUCAGUAAUAUAGCUAUCUCCAUGAGGAACAUAUUGUGCCAUGUUCACGCCCAUCAAACCGAAACGAAACUUUGUACAGUCUCAUGAUUCCGUUUACUUGGAAACAUCUAGACCAGUUUUCAGCACUUCAUAGUAUCGUCAAAGCUGCGCUUUUGAACGAUUCGAUACGCUCGACAAGUCAAGUAACAAUGAAUGUCAGGUGUACCUGAGGCUUGCUUCGUACAGUGUGGAGAACAGUGUUAUGAUAGAUCAGACAUGGAGUGUGUAUGUGGUCAUGUCGUCAAGGAGCAGGAUGCAAAGUUUUGUAGCCAAUGUGGCGCACGUUUCGCCGCUCAAGAACACCAAGGCACAGCAGGCGGUGUUGAGAAAAACUCACAGCUAUCUGAUGAACCUGCAUCUCUGGACAGUCAACCGAAAUCCUUGUCUCCUAAACGCCCCUUUGAGGAGACCAAAAACAACCCAAAGAAAAAGAAAAAAGCCCGUAAGCGACGGAAGAGGAAAUCUGAGGUCAGGGAUGGGCUGCAGUCUCUUACCACUGAUCUCUCUGACACCUCCCUGACUGAGCGCCAUGUACAUCAGGAUUGUGGAAGUGGGGAUGCUGGCUCAGACAGCGAGAGUUCUGCCAGUACCAUGGAUGAGAUGCCUGACCCGGUGGCCAGUCCUGCCGACAACCCGGUGCUUUCUCCUGUCACUGAGACGUCUGAGCCAUCUGACACACCAACAGCUAAUUCCUCACCCGCUAAGUCUCCGUCUGACAGAGGAAUGGAGGAAGUGAUCUCUGAUCAGACUCCGCCUGCUAAUGACGCUAGUAUAGCCCUGUCUAAGGCAGAAGUGCCGGAGCAACCCAAUGAGUGUAUGGAGCGGGAGGCUGGACCUUCCUCACUGGAGAUCAAAGCACCACACCCUCUUCAAACAGGUGACCCUGCAUCCUCUGGCGAGCCAAUUUCUGUACAGGCUGUGUCCAAGAGUCAGUCCCCAACAACAGACCAGACUCAGGCCAAAAGCUCAGCCAAAAAUAGUCAGAGCUCCAAGAAGAAGAAGAAGGAUGCUUCCAAUGCAUCAAAACCUCAAGCCUGUGAGGACAACAGUGCCAGCUCGGAUAAGAAUGCAAACGUAACACAGGCCCCUGAUGAGAAGACCAAAACAAAUCAGCAGAAACAGGGAAAUACAGGGAUGGUGUUUGGCCCCAAGAACAAACCUCAGGUUAAGAACCGAGGAACAAGUGUAGACCAACCAGUGGAUGUCAAGGUGGUGAAGGGUGACGUCCACCAAGGUUCUGCCCAGUCUCCAGGAGAUGUGCCCUCAGAGCCCUCUCAGGAGAAGGAUGCCAGUGGAAACAACAAAACCUCAAAUGCCCCGAAAAAUGCCCCACCCCCAGAAAGGAUACCUACACGCAGUCAGCAGAUUGCUCCAGUAGACAGGCUGACCAUCUACUUCCAUGCUGUUCUGUCCAAGGACUUCAAACUGACACCAGGAGAGGACCAAGUCUUCAUCCGUGCAGGUGGACGCAUAGGAGGCUGGGAUACUAACAUAGUCGAGCUUUCUGUGUCUCGUGACCUGGGAGAACAUGGUUACCUCAUUGAGGGAACACUGCAGACAAACAAGACAAAGGCUUCGUCAGUGUCCAUUCCAUACAAGUAUCUUGUGUAUAAGCGAAAGAAGGAGGAGUACGAGUAUGAAUAUAUUUACAAAAUGGACUCACAGAAAACUACCAACAGAUGCCUAUUUGUUAAGCCACAUCUUUUAAACGAGGAAGGAGAGUGGCAUCAGUACGAUGAUAUCGUCUGUGCUGAGCCAUCCAAAAAUGUGUUCAAACGACUGACUCAAGCCAUCUGGCCUGAGAAGAGGAAGGAUCUGAUUCAGGGAAGAGGGAUUGCUGGUCGAGUAAUGUUGGAGAGCAUCUUUGACCUCCUCAGUAGUUGGAGUGAGGUCAACCUCAAGAGUUUCUUCACUCAGCUCAAACAAUUUCACCAGAUCUACGGAAACCCCUUUGUGUAUGAAGAAAGACAAGAACAGUGGUUAGCCUUAGAAUAUGAUGAAAAAGAUGUGAGUAAACUCCUGAAGGAUUUCAUGCUGGAAUAUGUGACUCCUGAGCUGCUGAAAGACAAAGGAGGAAAGAGCUCCUUCAUCAAAGAUCCUCUUAAUGCAGCCGUUAUCAUGCUGUAUGCGUGGAAGAACUUCCAGCUUCCAUUAGACAGUGCGGAGCUCUCUCGUCUCUGUGUGGCACUCUGCCUCCCAAACCUCCCCAAAGACCAGUUCUUGCCCUACUGGGAGGACUUCCAACAGUCAUUCUCCUGCCUCAAAGGUUUCCCUGAUUUGCUGGUGACUCUUAUGAAUACUGUGCGGACGAGAGAUAUGCAUCACUGGGUCCUAGUGCUCCCCCUCUUCCAUCUGCUGCAUGGUGUCUCCAAACCCUUUGAAGCAGCCCCUCUCUCCCCCAACCCCAAACUUGAGCCAUCCUGGGCUGGUCUACAAGGCUUAAGGACGUUGCGUACAGCCUAUUUAAGCCAGGACAGGAGCUCCAUAUUGAAAUUAAUGAAGAAAAACCCACAUCUGGUGGAGAUUGAUCAUCUGCUGGCUCGGUCAGUCAUCUGCCUGUUGACUCCGGAGGACCUGACUGAGUGCAGCUCAGUACUCAGUGCCGGACUGCUCGACUUGCUGCAUAUCUUCAGUCUGAGAGCCCCUGCUGAAAUCAGCUACUCCAACGUCACAAUGAUUUCCGAUACUCUGGCUCACAUUCAGAGCAACCUUAUUGAACACAAAUUCAGUUGCUUAAGUGAGGCGUAUGGAGCCGAGUGUUUAGCCACUGCAGUGAGACUACUUGGAAAAAUCUGCAAAGGAGUGAAAUAUUACUCUUACGCACAAAACCAUGUGGCGAUUCCUGUUGCCUGCAUGAACCUUGUUGGGGCAGUAUCGGAUUUCACCCUUUCCUCCAACUCACAGGAAUCAGAGGCCAGGGGUGAUCUAAGUCCGCGCAGCCUGGAGCUGCUGUCUGAUGCCAUGCAGGUUCUCGGCUCCUGGAUGGGUCAAGCCUUCAGGCAGCCACUGCUACACUCAUACAUGUCCCUUACAUCAACCACUUUAAGCUCUGAGUUUGAGAUAUGGAACAACAUAAUCUCUCUUAGUUUUGUCAACGAGGACUUCACAACCAGGUGGAGACACACCUUCACCAGAGAUUUUGAAGGCAAAUUUAAACAGGAGAAGCAUUUAGAUCAGGUGGAUGUCUACUGCUCCAAGAUGGAGGAACUGAAUGACUCUCACCCUCACAUAGCCAGGAGUAUAGAGAAGUGUGCCCUCGAUGCUGUCACUGCCCUCUGCCAGGUCAAGUCCGAGGGCGCCGUCUUCAAAAGGGUUCGCAACUUGACCUGGAACUGGAAGUUUGGGAAGCUCCUAUCCACUAUGAUCCAACAAUCCUGGCCCAAGGAUAAACAUGGAAAGUACCAAGAUGAACAGGAAGUGGUCAUUCGACAUCUCAUGGACUGGAGUGCAGCGAAAAACAUUUUCCAGCUGCAAGGCGCAGAGCAGAAGCUCAUUGACAACCUCUCUGAAGACGCCCAGGAGAGGAUCACUGUGGCUAUAUCUUCAUUCACAGCCGUCACAGAACAACUGAUCAGAGGUGACAUUCAGAUGAGGCUCCUGAACCACAUUCUGGAGAGUAGAGAGACUUUUACAGAGUUACUCAAGACAGAGUGUCUGUGUGGAGAUGAGAGGUAUAAAGACAGUAGUGCCAUGAGGAGAUUGCUACAGCAAAGACAGAAGGAGGCCGGAGCUGUGUACCACGAGAAGAAGCUAGUGGAUGGCCUUGUCAGCAUGUGCCACAAAUUGCAGGAGCACUUAAAAGUUGAUGUUGAGCGGCUGGAUCAGAGAAAAGAGAUCGACAUUGAAAGGAGGAACCUGGACGAUUUCAUGGAGGUCCAUUCCUUCGGUCAGGUCUCCUCUCCCCUGGCAGGAGCGGUGACGUUCUUUGAGUUGGAUGACGAUGUGAGGAUGAUGGCUGAGGUUCUGCAUAAAUUUAGAGACAGCUUCAUCUUUAAACUCUGUUGGGACUUGCAGGCCCACGAUUACUCCAGAAUGGAGAUGAGCGAUGAGUCAGACCUAGAGGACGGUGACCUAGAGACAGACAUUGUGGUCACCCCUGAAAUAAUUCACGAUGAGAUCUUCCAGCCUUGCUACAGCAGGUAUCAGCAGAUUUAUGCCCAGUUGAAGAACGGUACUCUCCGUCUGGAGCAGGUCGAUGUCUUAUUCAAGGACUUUCAGGGCAGGUACGAGGAGCUGUCUAAAGAUCUGGGCAUCAUGUGCUGCAUUGACCCAGCCGAUGACAAACGCUGGCUUGAGAGGAAAGUACAGCAGAUUGAGCAGUACCAUGAGCUUCACCUGGCUGUCGAGUCUGCGAAGGUCGUUCAAAAGGUCAAAGAGACCCUCUGUCUACAAGGAGACUUUGAUGUUUUGAAUUUGCUACUCCUAGCUACAGAGACAGACUUUAAGAAGGAGUCCCUUGAUCGCAUUGAUAAUGAGAUGAUGCAGGCUAAGAGAGCUCUGGUAGACAUCACAGAGACACGCAGAUUAUGCCUCCAAGAACUUGGACUCAGAAAGAAUUUUGUCAUGUGGGUCAAAGAGGCCCUUGAAGACAUCAAUGAGCUGAAAGUUUUUGUUGACCUGGCCUCCAUCUCUGCUGGUGAGAACGACCUGGAUGUGGACCGCGUGGCUUGCUUCCAUGAUGCUGUCCUCGGUUACGCCCCAAUGCUUUAUGAACUGAAGCCUCAGUCAGGGUUCCAGGCUUUUCGAGAGAUGCUGAAGAAGCUCUGGAAGGCUCUGAAUAAUGAUCCAAACCUUCCCAAGAAACUGCGUGAUACAGCCAGGCACCUGGAGUGGCUGAAAACCGUGAAAGACAGCCAUGGCUCGGUGGAACUGUCUUCACUCUCCCUGGCCUCAGCUAUCAAUAUGAAUGGAAUCUACACUAUCGGUGCUAAUGGCCAAAAGCUCAGCCUAGACACUGUGGUAGCACUUCAAAUUCCAGAGGAUCAUGACGGGGUUCAAGAGCAGAGACACUACUCUCUUGAGGACUUGCGAGACCUUCAGAACAAACUCAUGCUAAUGUCUGGGAAAGGGGACCAGGGCCAGAGUGAGGUUGAUCACUUUGCUGAGGUCUUUGCCAAUGUGCAGAGGUUAGCGGAAGUAUUCAUUGAUCUCUUCGUUGCUGGCAAUCCAUUGUUUCGUCAGUGGAAGGCCAACAUCAACUGUAAUGCUGAGCAGGCAGGAAUCAUCAUGGACUUUAGCCUAGGAAAUGCUGUCAGUGUGAUCAUGGUCGAAGGGAGUCCAGCUGAGCAGCUGCCAGCGCUGUGCAAGAAGAUGGAGACAUGCCUUAGCUUCUGGAAAGACUUCAUGAACAAACAGCGGUCUCGUCAUUACUAUCUCAACUACUUCACUGCCGAGCAGAUUGUCUACCUGUGCAGUAAGCUGACACAGAAGAGCAUUAUAAAACCUGAUCAACAGGCACUUAUGAUGCUUUCAUUCAUUAAAUCAGAUUGCAACCCAUCCAACCUCAGAGAGUCCUGGCACUCUUUGCAGUACCACUUACUGAAAGAGUCCCCCGAGAAGAACAAUGACAUUGAAUUUCAGACUUUUGUUGAGGUUCCGAUUACUCAGGGAAUGGGUACAGAAUUUGAAGCUGAGUUUGAAUCUGACUCUGAUGAUCUUUUCAACAGUAUGAUGCAAGUUCAAGGUCCAGGCAAACUGGAUCUGAUCUGGAAUGCCUACAUGAGAGAUAUGAAUGCUUUUCUCCCAGAUUCUCUCGAUGUUGGACGUCUAGGACAGCUGCUUGAAAUCUUAGCUAACCAGGUUGACGAGGAUAGCAGUGAUGAUGAUGAAGUUUUGAGCAGUGAGAAGAAAAAUGGAGUGAUUCAGCGACAGUUGCCACAAGGACUGGUUGGUGGGCGUCCAAACGUCAUUGUGUGUCCUGCUUCUGAGAUCCUUACCUCCUGCAUGUCUGUUUACAUGGCCAGCGCCUCAGAACCCCUACCAACGUAUGAUGAGGUGCUGCUUUGCAGUCCCACGACACCCUAUGAGCAGGUUGAAUUGUUUCUCCGGCGCUGCCUGAUGGAAAAAUCUGACUGUGGCACGAGAAAGAUCUACACCAUGCUCUAUGUAGACCAACUCACCUACGAGGUCAGCUACAAGGUUGAGCAGUUCUUCGACAAGCAGAAAAUGCAGAGCCCAGGUGACUACCGCCUGGUUCUGAUCUGUAGUUCUGAUCGGGAGCAUGCCUACAUCCCCUCUGCCUUCAGUCAGUAUCGGCUGCCCAUGGUGCCUCUGGAACCCUUGGGGGACAUUCAGAAGUACCUGACCUCUCAUUACAGAGUCCCCUCAGACCAGUCCAGUGCAGCUGCUGUAUUCAAAAGUGGACUGUUUGUGGGGGUAGUGACCUCAAAAAGAGCAGGUGUAGGUAAAUCACUGUAUAUACAGAGAAAGUAUGAGAAACUAAAAAGGAUCACCAAAAAGCCAUCUGUGCUUAAGUGUAUCCGCUUGAUCGAGCCCAGGGUGGAUGAAAACAUCAUUCUCCAUUCCUUACUUGAAAGCAUGGGGAGAAAAGAGCUUUCACUGUUCCAUUUUGAUGUCACCACUUCAGUACAAAAAGGGUUGCACGAGUUCCUAUUCAAACUGCUAGUCUUGCAAUACUUGAUGGAUUCUGAGGGGAGAAUGUGGAAGUGCAGCAACAAUCACCUGUACCUCAUUGAACUGUUGCAAUCUGAUGGACACUUGCAGAGGAAUGGUCCAAGAACUACCAUGAACGACUCCUUUUCCUUCCUGGAUGUGUUUCCAAUGAUCUACUGUCGCCCUCCAAAGGAUGUCCUUGAGCUGGAGAUGAGAAUUAAUGAGAGCCCACAUGCAGAACAUCUAGAAGACCCUCUAAUGGAUGAUCAGGAAUUCAGAAGUGAGGGAUUUCAACGUCCGUACCAGUAUUUGACGCGUUUCCACAACCAAGUCACCCUGGACAAUUUUGCAUACGACGGAGUAGAAGGAACUCACAUAGAAUGUCUUCAGAUUCUGUUUGUGUAUUGCGGCAUUAUGGACCCUUCUUGGGCAGAACUGAGAAACUUUGCCUGGUUCUUGAAUUUACAGCUACGGGACUGUGAGACAUCGGUGUUCUGUGAUGCCACUUUCACAGGGGACACAUUGCAAGGCUUCAGAACCUUUGUGGUGGACUUCAUGAUCCUAAUGGCAAAGGACUUUGCUACUCCAUCUCUCAGCAUCUCAGAUCAGAGUCCUGGACGGUUUGAGAUGGACCUGGCUGAGGUGAACGAGGCAGAUCUGGCUCCAUUCAGAAUCAGAAAAAGAUGGGAAUCAGAACCACACCCUUACAUCUUCUUUAACGACGAUCACGUAUCCAUGACAUUUAUUGGCUUUCACCUCCAACCAAAUGCACAGAAUGGGGUAGAUGCCAUCGAUCCAUCCACACAAAGAGUGAUCAAGAGGAACAUCAUGACCAGAGAACUGUAUGAGGGCCUUCAGUUGCAACGAGUCCCAUUUAACAUUGAUUUUGAUCAGCUCCCAAGAGGAGAUAAGAUUGAGCGCCUCUGCAAUGUUUUGGGAAUCCAGUGGCCUCUUGACCCCGAUGAAACUUACGAGCUGACAACAGACAACAUAUUGAAGAUGCUCGCCAUUCACAUGCGCUUCCGUUGCGGGAUCCCAGUCAUUAUCAUGGGAGAGACCGGGUGUGGAAAAACUAGGCUGAUCAAGUUUCUUUGUGAGCUUCGAAGGAGUGGAGUGAACACCGAAAACUUGAAGCUGGUCAAAGUUCACGGAGGCACAAGCUCAGAUAUGAUCUACCAGAAAGUGAGAGAGGCUGAGGCCAUUGCAAACACCAACAAGGAAAACUAUGGCUUUGACUCUGUCCUCUUCUUCGAUGAGGCCAACACAACUGAGGCCAUAAGCAGUAUCAAGGAAGUCUUGUGUGACAACACUGUUCUAGGAGAAAAACUCACUCCACACACAGGCUUAAAAAUAAUUGCUGCCUGCAAUCCAUACCGAAAGCACACAGAUGAAAUGAUCACGAGAUUGGAAUCCGCCGGUUUAGGGUACAGGGUCCGGGCCGAUGAAACAGAGGAGAAGCUGGGGACCAUUCCUCUUCGGCAACUCGUGUACCGAGUUCAAGCUCUGCCCCCCAGCAUGAUCCCACUGGUCUGGGACUUUGGGCAGCUAAAUGACCAGACAGAGAAAAUGUACAUCCAGCAGAUAGUGCAGAGAGUGGUUGAGACAAACUCCAUUAACGUGAGAUACACAAGCAUCGUUACAGAUGUCAUGGCGUCAUCUCAGAAGUAUAUGAGGACCAGGAAGGAUGAGUGCAGCUUUGUGAGUCUCAGGGAUGUAGAGCGUUGCAUGCAGACCUUUGUAUGGUUUUAUAGAAACCACUCAAUGCUCCUUGAUGAGCUGGAAAAAUUCCAGAGAAGCCAAAGAGCUGGACCAGGUGAAAGAGCCCACAGGCUUGAUAAUGACCGAGACCCCGUGCUGUGGUCCUUAGUGAUGGCAAUUGGAGUGUGCUACCAUGCCUGCCUGGAGGACAAAGAAAAGUACAGGAUAAAAGUCGGCAAAUACUUCAGAGAAGUCUACACUCCAGCAAAAAUCAAUGAUGAAAUCUCCCUAAUGCAGGAUCUGAUGCUGAGUGGAGUACCCCUUGGGGAUACAAUUGCACGUAACAAUGCCCUGAAGGAAAAUGUCUUCAUGAUGGUGAUUUGCAUUGAACUGAGAAUCCCUCUGUUUCUUGUGGGGAAACCUGGGAGCUCUAAGUCUCUGUCCAAAACGCUUGUGGCUGAUGCCAUGCAGGGCCAAGCAGCACAUUCUGAUCUGUACCGCUGGCUCAAGCAGAUCCACUUGGUGUCCUUCCAGUGCAGCCCCCACUCUACUCCAGACGGCAUCAUCAAUACUUUCAAACAGUGUGCCCGCUUUCAGGAGGGCAAGAACCUCCAGGAGUAUAUCUCUGUGGUGGUCCUGGAUGAGAUUGGAUUAGCUGAAGAUUCUCCCAAAAUGCCUUUAAAGACCCUCCACCCGCUAUUGGAGGAAGGAUGCAUUGAUGAUCAGCCCUUGCCCCACAAGAAAGUUGGUUUCAUUGGCAUAUCUAACUGGGCUUUGGACCCUGCCAAGAUGAAUAGAGGAAUUUUUGUAUCCCGUGGCGACCCUGAUGAGAAAGAAUUGAUUGUGAGUGCAAAGGGAAUAUGCUCAUCUGAUGCAAUGGUGCUCGAGAAGGUGAGGGAGGUCUUUAAGCCUUUUGCCAGGGCUUACUUGAAAGUCUGCAAACGCCAGGGGAAAGGCUUUUUUGGACUGCGUGACUACUACAGCUUGAUCAAGAUGGUAUUCGCCAUGGCAAAAACCUCUGAGCAAAAGCCCAGCGCAGAGCAGAUUGUUGAAGCAGUACUGAGGAACUUCAGUGGCAGAGAUGAUGUGAAUGCAGUUGAAGUCUUCACAAGCAGGCUGGGGAUCAAACCCAAUCUGGAAAGCAUCAGUGCUAUUGAGCUUGUCAGAAAGAACAUAUCAGCUAUCGGACAAGAUGAGGAAUGCCGUUAUCUGCUUGUCUUGACCAAAAACUACGCAGCUUUGCAGAUCCUUCAGCAGACAUUCUUCACUCAGCAGACCCAACCAGAGAUUAUAUUUGGUUCCAGCUUCCCAAAGGACCAGGAAUACACCCAGAUUUGCCGCAACAUCAAUCGGGUAAAGAUCUGCAUGGAGACUGGCCAGACCAUUGUGCUACUGAACUUGCACAACUUGUAUGAAAGUCUGUAUGAUGCCCUCAACCAGUACUACGUCUGCCUUGGAGGGCAGAAAUACGUGGAUUUGGGCCUGGGCACUCAUCGGGUCAAGUGCAGGGUGCACAAAGACUUCAGGCUCAUUGUUAUUGAGGAGAAGGAGGUGGUCUACAAGCAAUUUCCCAUUCCCCUCAUCAACAGAUUGGAGAAGCAUUACCUAGACACCAAUACUGUCCUCAGUGGCGAACAGAAGGAGAUUGUCAAGGAAUUGGAGAAAUGGGUGAAGGCAUUUGUUGCUCCCGACAACCGUCAGUCGCUGACCAAUCAGGUGCACAAAUAUCAGCUUCCUGACGCCUUUAUUGGCAUUCAUUCGGAUACUUGUGCCUCUGUCAUCCUGCAAAUAACAGAGAAGUUAAGAGACAAGAUGACAACGCCAGACUACCAGAAGAGAGUGCUUGAAGAAGCCAAGCUAGUUUUGCUAGAUUGCGCAACUCCAGAUGCAGUGGUGCGGCUUGACUGCACGAACCUGCCUCGUGUGGAGAGUCAGCACCUGGAGAGGGUCUACUUUGAGGAACAGAAGCACAGUUGUUUGACUGACUUCAUCUUCUCUCACAUCCAGCAGGACAGAACCCCUGUCUCCUUUACUGAGGUGACCACAUUCUCCAGACUUUUGACAGCAACAGACCUUGGGCAACUUCAAGAAACUGUGAGAGCUGUUGAACUCCUCUCUCUUCAACAGUUUGACACAGAGUACUCCUUCUUGAAGAAGAUCAGGACUUUCUUGGACACUGCUCUUGGUUCAAAAAUCCUCAUCAUUCAGACAGAUUUAGAUGAAUCCUCUCACAGUUCAAACCUCAUCGCUUCGGCAAAGUACUCGGCAAUUAAUGAAAUUAAUAAAUCAAAACAAGAAGACAAGGGGACGGUGUUUGUCUAUUUCAUUACCAAACUGCCCAGGGUUGAAGGAGGAACCUCCUAUGUUGGGUUCCAUGGAGGCCCAUGGAAAUCAGUUCACAUUGAUGACUUGCGGAAGUCUAAAGACAUGGUUUCUGACAUCAAGGCUUUAAGGAACCUCACAAUCAGCCAGCUGUUUGAAGAGAAGGAAGACCAGGCUGAAGCUAUGGAGGUGGAGGACAUGUACUCAUGCAACACAGAACCCAUGGAGCUGGAGGAAGCUGUUCAGGCCGGUGGCUGGGAGAAUGUUCUAGACACCACAGUGUUGGUACGCAGCUGCGUGCAGAGUGCCGUGGGCAUGCUCAGAGAUGAAGUGGGUGUGCGCAGCACCAGAAGAGUGGAGCUUCUGCUCGUGCUGAUGAGUGAGAGUGAGGAGCUCAGAGCCAUGUUCCUGAGGACAAUGAAGAGGCGCUUGCACCUGCUUCUACUGGCCCGUGAUGAUGAGAGUUCCCACUCAGCCAGGUCCUGGGUCUUCAAGGAGGCUGCUAACAUUGAUGCACUGCAGGAGGGGGGCACCUUCAGGCAUACUCUAUGGAAGCGCGUUCAGGCUGUGGUCAGUCCCUUCCUGGCGCAGCUCAUCUCUGUGAUUGACCGGGACUCUAACCUGGACCUGCUGCUGGACCCUGAUGUCAGCGAGCCCCUGAAGGCUCUGUGGCUCCACAUCUUUGAGAAUGACAAACUACUGGAAGUCCCUUACACCAGAGUGGACAGCUCUGAGGCGAAGACCAUCCUGGUGCCGAGCUCCAUCCGAGCAGCAGGUGGCGUGGGCUGCAACAUGCCUUUUAGCUGGAGGAUCAGAGACUAUCUGGAGGAGCUGUGGGUCCAUGCCCUACAGAGAGAAGGCCACACCCAGCAACAGUUUGAGGAGUUCUAUUGGAAGACUCCUCUGGGUCUGCAAAUAGCCCAAUCAGAUGCUGAGAUGCAGGUAGAGUUUCUGCAGAGGUACCUUCAGGAUUUCAUCGCCAUGACGAUGAAUGUGACAUCAAAGGGAGAGCUACAGCUGCUGUGUGCUGCUCUGAUGUGUUGUGUGCACGAGCUGCGUGCGUCUGUGAGGAAGGACACAGCGGAGAGGGAAGCGCUGGCUCUGCCAUGGGUUCACUCGGCCUAUCACCAGUACUGCACACGUCUGCAGAACCUGUCCAGGAUGCUCAGCAUCGAGCCACAGAUCACACAGGCCCUUGUCACCAACACACACGCCCAAGAAGGACAGGAGCUGGUGCUGGAUGUAUAUGCUGCCUUAGCUUGUGUGGAGUUCCUGGAGCCCGAGUCUCUGGACUCUGAGGCCAAGUGUGCAAAGUGGCUGAGGCGUGUCAAGCAGCUCCAGGUGCCAGUGGAGCUGGUGUGUGCUGAGGAGAGCGCCCAGCACUACAGAGAGAGGAGCACAGCCAUGGUCACCAGAGUCCAGCAUGGAUGGAGUCGCAUCUUCUCCCUCUCCUUGUUUGUGGAAAACAUGCUACUGGGGAUCCACAGCCUGGACCGGAACCUCUCUCCUCUACUGGUGGAUGGCUACAAACAGCUCGGACAGGUUCUGGAGAAGAACCCGGACCUGAAGCAGCAGCAGCCGUUUGAGGCAGUGCUUGUGAUCCUGAGGGAGUGCAAAGAUGGAGCUGUGGAGCGCAUCUUCAGGUUUGGAGUGCAGCUGUGCCCGGUGUGUAUGGGCGACCCCAAGGACCCACUGGCCCUCCCCUGUGGGCACAUCUACUGCCUGGCCUGCAUUCGCCAGUGGCUGGGCCCCGGGCAGAUGUACUGCCCCCUGUGCAUGCAGGACGUGCCCGAUGACUUCAGACUGCAGCCGUCCGAGGAGAUCCAGGCCCUGAUCACACGGAAUGCUCAGUUCAGACAGCGCUGUAACGGCUUCUUCAUCGCUCUGGUGUCUGGGGUGUGCUUCAGCCACGACACCCCGCCCUGCCAAGAGGUCAUCCUGCACCUGCUCUCCCUGCUCAUGGUGGAGUCUGGGACGCUGCCAACGAUCAAACGUGGAAAGCACACCAAGCUCACCAAGGCUCUGUCUCCGUUUGACGACUCUGUGGACAAGAACCCAGUAGUGCGCUCCGUGGUGCUCAAACUCCUCCUGAAGUACAGUUUUGAUGAUGUGAAGGUGUACCUUCAGCAACACCUGUCUGCUGUGGAGCACAGUAACAUCCUGGAGGAUAGAGACAAAUCAGAGCUCUACUCACUCUACAUUAACUGCCUUGAGGACUCCAUGUAUGAGCGGAUGCAGUGGCGCUCGGUGAAGGAGCAGCAGGUGUGUCUGCAAGAGGAGAGCUCCUUCCUGCAGCACUUCCUGCCGUCGGCGCCUGCGCCACCCGCGCAGUCCGUCUGCAUCGAACUGCUGCAGCAGCUGGCCCGCCUCCGCCUCUGCCUGGACACCGCAGCGCAGCUCAUCGCUGGUGCUUACACAACAACAGGAGGUCCAGAGCAGCCUCUGCCAGGAAUAGAACCAUUCCUAGCUGCAGUGAGGGAUGUGUGUGUGCGCAGCAGGAAUGACUGGUACCGUGUUUACCUCAUCCGUAAGAUCCGCAGCCAGCACGGAGCCGAGUUUGUCCAGAUGUUCCUGGGCAUUCCCCAACUCCACUGGAUGUUUCCGGAAGAGGUCUUACAGCAGACUCCGGACGGUGGCCAGAUGGACCAAUUCCUGGUGUGUAAAAGUGACUAUAAGAGCAUCAGGGAUGCCGUCGCAAAAGCCAUGAUGGAGGGGAAAAUGGAAAGGAUACAAAAGACCUGUGAUGGCUGCAGAAACCCUCCACUGAAGAGGAGUGUGUUCCUGCUUUUGGCUCUCUUCAGAGAAGUCACCUGUCUGUACAGAACAAACAACCCAAACCAACACCCUUCCCAGCAGCAACUGCAGGCUCUGGAGGCCUUCGUAGGGAAGUGUGGCCUCCUGGCCACUGCAGAGCAGAAAGCAUUUGCCGUCGGGCUGUUGAAGAACCAGCUUGGACCGCUGAGCGUCCGUGCGGAAUCUUCCGGAGCCGAGCAGACGGUCACCGAGUUGUGCGUGCACAUGGCUGCAGUUCUCCUCUGUGGCCACCAUGGGGUGCUGUCUCCCCUACAGCAGCUCGCCCUGUCGCCCGCCGACAUGCAGGCGGCCUUCAUCCCGACCAUGCCUGAUGACAUGCUGCAUGUAGCCCAGCAGGCAAUGGGCCCACUGCAGUGGUACUUUUGCCCCAAUGGUCACCCCUGCACUGUGGGGGAGUGCGGUCAGCCCGUGCAAGUAAGCCGGUGCCCAGACUGCAAUGCUGAGAUCGGAGGACAGGAUCACAGGCCUGUUGCAGGCUUCACCGUUACUCAAUUACUUCAGGGUGAUCGCACAAAGGGAGGGCACAUCCUGGGUGAUCCCAAUCGCAGGGAUCAACCAGACAUGCAGGACACCAAGAACAUGAGCCCCGCUCCUUUCGCACUGGUGCGCUUCCUCACACACGCUGCUAUGAUGCUGGGGGCUGCCAAUAAUGCACAGGCUCUGGCGGCCCUCAUCUCUCCAGCUGUGGCAGACUGCAGUGCGUUUCUGAGGGCUCACCUGCAGGUGGACCUGCUGCAGCUCACACGGGCACUGGGGAAGGGAGCCGACGACACCACCGCCUCUGCACACGUCAUCAUUCAGGCCCUGUUGGACCCCCCGCCAGCAGCCUGGCCUAUGAAUCAUGACCCUCGUCUCUCCACUAAAGAAGCACGUAACGACUGGGAGACUGGUGUGGCCAACAACAUCCUCAGCCCCCAGCUGAAGUCUCUGGACAGGCAUCUGCAGGAGGUCAGUGAGAUCCUGCGUGAGGACGAGCGUGUGAGCUCCAACCUGGUCAUGCGCCUAACCUUUGGGGACCCGAGCCUCUUCCUGCACUCGCUGCCGCGGGGAUCGGCGCUGCAUGGGCCGGCCGUGUGGAGCUGCAGAGAGAGGCUCUCGCUCGACGCCCUCACCCACAUCGUGGAGCAGCAGGACGGCCGAGACACGCUGCCCCUACUCUGGAGGUUCCUCCAGAGGGAACCAGAGCUUCGCUUGGUGAGGUUCCUGCCAGACAUCCUUGUCUUGCAGCGGGAUCUGGUGAAGAAGUUCCAGAACUCUGCAAACCUGACCGGUGGGAGCAUCACAAAGUUCCUUCAAGGACAAAGAGCAGCUGCAUGGUAUAAAAAACGCAUAACCAUCUUCCUGACCACAUGGAACCAGCUUCGAUUGUCUUUGGUCACCAAUGGGGAGAUCCAGCUGCCUUCAGAGUUCUGCGAGAAAGAUCUGGAUAUGGACAGUGACCUGCAGGUGCUGUUGCCACGGCGACAGGGACUGGGCCUUUGUUCCACAGCACUGAUCAGCUACCUGAUUGCACUGCACAAUGAGAUGGUGUACACCACUGACAAAUACACUGGAGAGGACACCAGCUACACGGUGAGUCCAGCCGACCUGUGUGAGCUGCAUGUGAUCCGCUAUGAUGUGGAGCGGGACGUGCUGCCCCUGGUUCUGUCUAACUGCCAGUACAGUGUGGAGGGCGGCGGCAAGGCGCUGCCCGACUACGACCUGCCCAAGAUCCAGCAGCAGCUCCUCACACGCUUCCUACAGGGCAAACCUCGCAUCACACUCAACGGUAUACCAACGCUGGUGAACAGACAUGACCGAAAUUAUGAAAACAUUUUCAGGGACGUCAAAGGAAAGGUUGCACAGGAGCCGCUGCCCUCCCUGACGCUGUCGUCCGUGGCGGGGGAGCUGUGUGGCUUCAGCGACGUGUGUGAGGCGCUGGGGGCCGUGGAGCUGGCGCUGGGCUUCCUGGCCACCACCGCCGCUGAUCCACACAUGCAGCUGGGCAACUACCUCCAGGAGGUGCUGCAGAUGGGAGACCACACUCCACCACAUAUACUCAAGGCCCUGAGCAGGUGCAGCCUGAAGCACACUGUGGCUUUGUGGCAGCUCCUCUCUUCUCUGAAGUCGGAGAGCAUGCUUCGCCUAAAGAGGGAGCCAUUCGUGGGAGUUUCUGAAGAUUACAAGCAGCCAGUGGACGAAGAGGGACGCAAGCAGCUGAUUGGCUUCCUGUCCAAGGGCGGGGCCAGUGGUUUCCUGCUGGAGAUGCACGAGUUCCUGCAGCUGAAGCUGAAGGGCCUGCGAGACCCGGAGCUUUUCCGGCCCGACUGGGGGCUGAAGGACACACUGGUGUCUUACAUCGAGAGGAAAGACAUGGAUGCUCCACCUGAGGUUGAGCAGUUCUUCCCUGAAGGGAUCCUUCUCGCUCACUGUGUGGACGCCUGGAAAAUCUGUGUGGAGUUCCAGCAGGAGCGCAGCCACAGAUAGCUUUCAGGAACACUCCACCAAUACUGCCUUCAUCCAGCGCAAUGUGAAGGUGUGUGCGCAUGAGUACAUGUUUGUGCGCGCGCGCGCGCAUGUUUGCAGGUGUUUUUGAAGGUUGUGUUUACAGACAUUACAAUCAAGAACGCUCCAGUUCAUUUGUAAAUUCCAGCAGUGCCUAUUCUCAGAAAGUGCCACUGACUGGGUACUGAUCCAAGUGCAAUAUGCUGAACCUGAGCAUUAUGGGGGCCCACCUCUAUUGUAACCAAUGGUGGUACGGGCCGUGGAUUUGCACAAGUACAAUGUACCUUCUGACCUCCUCCUUUCUCCCGUGUAUUAGUAGAUCAGGUCUGUCUCACCCAUGAUUAAAGCAAUCAAAUCAAUUAUAUAAUGAUGAGAAGGAUAUUUCUAUUGGACUCAGGGACUCGAAUCUUGUUAUUUCUAUUUUUUUUUUUUGGUGUUUACAAAUGGAGGGAGCCUAAGCAAAUCUAUCGUGGACAUAAUGGUGUUUUGACAUUCGUACUUUGCGGGGCAACAUAUCCUGAAAAGACAAAAGAUGGCUUACACAGAGAAACAUUCAUUCUUAACUCAACUCAAAACCUUAAUCAUGACUCCCUAACCUGUUCCUCAUCUCACAAUGGAAUGAAGUACUAGCUAUUCCAAAUACCUCGCAUAUAGAUUUCACUGUGUCGCUACAACUAUCGCAUACAACUAAAACAAAUCAAACCCAUAAUACUCUUGGAUGUCUCAGAAUAUUACGACUAACCAUGCCUUUUCCGUAUUAUAUCUCACGAAGCUCGAUGUUCUAAUAGCCAUAUUUAGCCCAAUCAGAAGGACUCUGGAGUUUUUUUUUUUGCACUGUCCAGUUGGCAAUCACCAUGGUGUUCCUGGCACUUUAGGGUUCUUUUCUUUAUUUUGUGACUAAAUUGUAACAGAUCAUUCCUUUGCAUGCCAUAUAAAAUUGACUUGUAUUCAAUAAAACUUGUGUUUCAUGAA